ACCGUCUAUAUAUACCACCGUGGCACAGGCACCGGGGAAGUCACAGAUCAGAGGAGCCGGCAGCCGACAGCACACCCGCAGCCGGUGCCGGUGCCGCCAUGAGGGCUGUGCUCUGGGACCUGCUGCUGCUCUGCCUCUUCGCCCGGGCACGGGGCGACUGCCGGGGGGACUGCCUGCGCUGCGACCGCCACCUCUACCGGGACAGCUUCGACGUCCUCGUCUGCAUCCUGGAGUGCGAAGGCGAAGCUGUGCCACGGGCCACCUGGGAGCUGUGUGCCGCUGCCGCUGGCCACCCUGCCCCGCGGCCCCGCGAACUCCAGGACGCUGGCGAUCCCUGGCAUGAUGCGGUGGCAGCAGUGCCGGUGAGCCCGCUGCAGGUAAGCGAGCUGCUGCGGCGCCAGGAGGCCGAAGAUGAAGGUGUCGAAACGGCGCCGGGAGCCUUCCUGCAGCCACCGGAGGACAUUUCCCAACGACUCAGCAGUUUCCCACGGGGGAUACGUGGCUCGUGGCCGGCACCGACGGCCAGGGGGGUGCAGAAGCGGUACGGGGGCUUCAUCGGGGUCCGCAAGUCGGCGAGGAAGUGGAACAACCAGAAGAGGUUUAGCGAGUUCCUGAAGCAGUACCUGGGCAUGUCGCCCCGCUCCAGUGAGUACGACAUUGCCGGCGGCAUCAGCGAGCACAACGAGAUCUAACGGAGACCCGCGCCGCCCGGCUAGCGUUCCGGCACCGCAUCCCAGCACCUUCCGCCAGGCACAGGCAAAACUAACCCUGCUCCUGUCCACCCCAGCAGCCUCCAUCCUCCCUCUGACGGACCCCAAAGCGCUUCAGGCUCGCACGCGGGCAGAAAAAUCACUUUGCUCUUCACUCACUAAAGCCAGAUUUAAGCCGGGACCCAACGAAUUUCGGCCUCCACCGGUGACGGGAGUGAGAUGCCGCGGGGAGGGCGGGAGAAGAGCAUGGGGGAACGGGCGGGAAUUUGAGCAAAAUAAGGAAAAAAGGUGAAUUUUGCAAAAAAAAAAAUAUCUGGAUUUUGGGGUUUUUUUUGGUUUUCUUUUUGCGUUGGCCACUGUCAAAAAGCCAUGCUGGAUCCAGUGAAAACCAUCCCAUCCCACACUCCUGGUGCCUUCCCAGCAGUGCUGGCAUUCCCUGGUUGGGGCUUUCUGCUUCCCACAGGAUUUCUUCCCAACUUUUUGGAUGGGGAAUGCCAAGGGGUCACGUCCCAUUGGGCUCCAUCCCCGCACGCCCAACCUGAUGGCCACCACAGCAGUGACCAGCUCCAACCCCUGCACCCAGAAACCACCUGGAAAUGUCUCAUUUGUUUUUCAUUUUUCCCCUUUUUAAUUUCCCCCCAUUUUUUAAAGUGUUUUCCUUGCUUUUUAAUGCCUCUGGGGUUGACUUCUUUGCUCAGCACCACCAACCGUGCGCGCAUCCUCCUCGUGUCCUCCCCUUGGCAUGCAUAGUGUCCCAGUCCCCGCGCCAGGACGCGGUUUUUCCGUGUCGCUCCCAGGAGAAUCGUGGGAGCUGAUCGGUUCUCCUGCCUAAUUUGCUCCCCCCCUAAAACAAACUAAGACAAUAAAAGCAUAUCCCGGGAGCGACUUCACCCGGGUCUCACCCGCAGCGCUGCCCUUCACUGUUUGUACAAAACAAAUAGAAUAUAAUAAUCCCUAUGGAAAAGGAAAAAAAAAAAAAUGGAAAAAAAAAGUAAUCCCAAGAUCUUGUUCUUUUUAAUUGUUUCAUACAAAGAUUUCUCCAUUAAACUUGUACAUAGCAAAAGGAUUAAUAAAUUAGUUUACUGUUUCUACGAUAUUAUUGCGACUGGCGACCGUCAAUGCCUGUGGAGCAGGUCCCUGCUGUGCCCCCCCCCCCCUCCCAGCCAUGGGGGAUGUUGGAUCACCCUGCUCUGCUGCAUCACCCUGCUCUGCUGCGGAAUAAUUUAGGUUUAGAGGGGAAAAAAAAAGGGAGAUUUUGGUACGUUUGUGUUAUUUGCGGAACAGGAUGGUGGAAUCGGCACUUAGAGGGUGGUGGUGUCACACACACGCCCCUUAACCAAAAAUGGGAUGGAUUGGGGAGUUAUUGGGAGUGAUUUUAGGGUUUUAGAAAGGGAAUUCCUGCCUGGCUCCAUCCCACCCACAACCCUUUUCCAUAGGGAUAAUGAGGGCACCAGCACCCAGAGCCCCCAGCAUCCCUGGCCCAACUGGAAAUCAGACAGGUUCUGCUCUCAGAAGCCCCCAGAUGUGGAGAGAGGAGCGACAUCGCCACAGUCCCCAGCCCCUUCCUCUCUCUACUUUAUUUCCCCUUUUCCCGUUCCUCUUUCACCUCCACACGCAUUAAAAAACCCCGAUAAAAUCAAGUUAUCAAAGGGGUUUUGCAUCAAAAAGCAACUUAGCUCAACGUCGGGAGGCCCCAAGACUCCGCUGAGCCCCCCCUGCGCAUAAACCACACGGGUCUAGCACAUAUCGGGUUCAAAACUUGCUGGAUUUGGUCUAUUUGGGGGAAAAAGCACAACAAAAGAAGGAUGCGCAGCACCUGCUGCCGCAGGAGGAGCGGGCAGACACUGCUAUCUAGUGGUGCCACGAAGGCUUGUGCCACAAGAAUUCUCCGGCUGAGGCUGAGCAGCCGUGGUAGUGCUGCCACCGCCGUAUGGGGGGGACACGGGAGCACCCCCGGACACUGGGAGUGACACUGGGGCUGCAAAGACAAGGCAGAGCCAGCGAGGCAUCAGGCAACUUUUCUUUUUAUUUCUUAUAAAAUAUAUUUCAUAUUGCUGCUGUAAAAAUUACAUUUCACAUUCUUAUUUUUUUAACUUUUUUUUCCCCUCUUUUCUCUUUUGUGGGGUUUUUUUUUGGGGUUGUUUUUUUUUUUUUUUACAAUAAAAAUAAUACUCGGAAGACAGCUAAAAAAGCUCCAAGACGACAGAAAAUUCACUCGACCCAGCAUCGUCCCCGCUUGGCCGGUGGCACGGCCACAAGGCCAAGUUCCCCUGUGACAGCACCCUGCAGUCCCCACUGAUGGCAGCGGUCACAACGUGGUGUCACCCUGCACUGAACACACUCACUUUGCCAGUCGGGGUCCAGCUACCCCCACCAGCCAUGUGUCCUGGCAGAGAAGGGGGAGCAGCCUCUAAUUAGUGCCCAAUUAAGAGGUUCCUAUGUACAUACAUAUACAUGCGCUGGGAGACGGUCACAGGGAUGAGGGAAAACUCUCCACACGGGAUUUAUGUGUCACGGCUGGGGCUGAAGAGGAGUUUUCUUGAGACCAGCGAGACUCAAGUGUCGGGAGGAAAAGUCCAACAGUUGGGAGGUGGCUGGAAGCGAGUUAAAAAAUAAAAGGAAAGGGAAAUAAUAAAGAGGAAAAAAUAUUUAUAAAAAUAUCUAUCCAAUGCUAACCAUCCCGGUGGAAGCCUGCUGUCAUUUCUGCAAAAAUACGAGAAGGUUUUUCUGCUUUAAAGUGUAAAAAUUCCAAAAUACUCCCAAACCAGAAGGAAAAAAAACUAAAAUCAACCCACCCUGCACCAGUUUCUCCAUUAAAAAUAAAAACCCAACUGAAAAGCGCCAUGAGCAUUAGGGACAACCCUGCUCAGCUCUGUCCGUACCGCAGCAGCCCUCGGAAAAGCAGCUGUACCUGCACCCCUGAUAGAACGGCACCAAGCUGAACUGCUCCGAUGCCAGGUCAGCACCGCUGCUGGGCAGUAAGUGCUGUGUGCGGCGGGAAGAGGUGGUGCUGCACCCUGAUGGCUUGGUUUCAUGAUUCCCAGAGUGACUGAGCUGGGAGCAGCGGGAGCUGAGCCAUGCUUGGCCAGUGCCACCAGAGAUCUGGCUCUGUCCCAUCUCAUUUGGGGUGGAAAGGGCAUAAAAAGCAAGGAAUAGAAUCUCCAGUCCUGUCUGGUCUCUGUGUUGUGGAGGCAAAGGUGGCCUGAGGAAUGCACAAAUCCACCUUUUUUUCUUUUCUUCCGCUGCUUCAAGUCCAAUUUUUAAAAAUAUUUGAAAAAUAGUAACACAGCGAGGCGCUGCGUGCACUUCCCAAAGCACCGGCUCGCUUCUCCAGAGCCACCGGCAUCACCAAAACCCUGUGCCCCAACAUUCCAGCGCCCUUCCUGAAAGGCUCGGCACACAUGCUGACAGAAGUGGGAAUGGCUUUUCCUGACAUUUCACUCCUAACACUGCACUCCAGCAGGAAUGGGAGCCUGAACAAGCGGCCAAAGGAGCCAAACCGCUUCUCUUCCUGGGAUUUGAGCCAGUGUGCCCAGAUACACCCAGGGAUGAAACCCCGCGGGGUCACUCCCUGCCUGGGGUGUUUCCCUCUGGCUUUCCAGUGGCCAAAUUUUGCAUUGGCCAGUUGGAUACCAGAGAGAUCAGGCUGCAGGAUAAUACACUGUUUACAUGUACAGAAGUAGAAACGAACACAAACUACCCAAACACAUUGACAAGCACCAGGAAUACGUAUAAAUGGAUCUCAACCCGCCUCGCCUGCCCACCUGAUCCCUACAGCAGCAGGGUUCAUGGCGAUCUGGGA